GUAAGGGUGGCACCCGUGUUGUGUCGUCGUCCUGCGCACCCUCCAGCCGCAACCCACUUAUCUUGAAGAGGGGGGCGUGCGAGAGUGGAACAGCGUCCUCCUUUCGUUCUGAAACCUUUGAGGGCCUCUAAAAAUCAUGUCGGCGGCCGACUGGAUGGCCCGGCUGCCUCAGGAGGUCAAGGACGCGCCCUUUUUCAGACUAGCCAUUCCAGGGAGUCACGACUCGCUGAGUUACUCAAUUCGCGCCGACGCCCCGCUGGCGGCGGACUGCCCGGACGCGGUGCGAAUUCUGGAGCGGCUGUUCGGCCCCGUGACGCGGUCCAUCCUCUUCAAAUGGAGCGUAACUCAGAGCCUGAGUUUAUCCGAGCAACUGCAGCUUGGCGUGCGUUACCUGGACCUGCGGCUGGCGAUGCCGGCGGAGCCGCGGGGCGCCGCGAGGGGCAAGGAGACGCAGCCGCACGUGGUGCACCACCUGUGCGGCGACGACGUUGGGCCCCUGCUGGCCGACGCCGACGCCUUCCUCGCCGCCCAUCCUCUCGAGGUGCUGAUCGUCGACCUGCAGCACUUUUACCAUUUUUGCCCUGAUGACCACCAGCAGCUCGUCAAUCACCUCUCCGGCCUCUUCGGCGACAGGCUCUGCCCCUACUGGCCCGGCGCCACGCAGGAAAUCUCCCUCAGCUGGAUGCAGGCGCACGGGUACCAAGUGGUGUUGGUGUACCGGUGCGAGGAGGUGCGGGGGCUGCGGGGCGUUUGGCCCGGGGAGGCGUUGGCGUCGCCGUGGCCGGACGUGCGGAAGGCGCGGGCGCUGCUCGGCUUCCUCGAGCGGGGCCUGGCGGCGCGCGACCGGCGCUGCGGCCACGUGGCGCAGUGCGUGCUGACGCCGCGCACCGGCACCGUGCUGCCCGCCGGCCUCUGCUCCGAUUUGCACUCCGGCCUGGCCGCCAGGUGCAACAAGGCCGUCGUGCCGUGGCUCAGAGCCCGCCGACAGCAACGCGACCACCUGAACGUCGCCAUCGCCGACUUCGUCGACGCCGCUUUCGUCGACGCGGUGCUCAACCUCAAUAGUUCAAAUCCUGCCGUCGAACUGCCCAAAAUUGCGGAUAAGCCGCAUGCUGACGUCUAUUUGUAGCUGAUUCUCUUGAAAUAAGAUAUGUUUUUAGGGGUAGUAAAAAUUAAAAUCGGGUUUUCUCGGCAAAUUUAUGAGAUUUUGAAAAAAGAAAAAUUGCGUAAAUAUUCUCCCAUGUGAAAGGUACGGAUGGUAGGACAGAUUUAUUUGGCGUCAUUCCAUGCAAAUUAUGAAACAGGGUUGCAUUUGCUUACCACCUGGUUUUUUUCAUCACUGGUUUUUUCCGCUCAAUUUUUACAAAUUUCUUGCGCAAGAAUUGCAAGAAAUGAAUUUAUUCUAUUUUUCUUUUCUGAAAAUCUAAAUUUUCAAUCAGAGUGCUCAAAAUUUCCUGCACUGCAGAUAUUUUCUUUUAAAUUGCCAUUUUGCUGCCUCAAUUUCUCCAAAUGGCAAUUUUUCAAGUCGAUGAGGUUUUAGGUUAAUAAUUAGAAAAUUAUUGAAAAAUAAGGUGAAAAAAUUGCCUGCAAGAAACUGGUAAAAAUUGAAACCAUUGCACUGCAUUUUUUUAAAUGCGGGUGGUUUGCAACCCUGUCAAUUUUUAAAUACUUUAUGUCUAAUAUAAUUCCAAAUUUUGCCAAUUAUAUCCGAAUUUCUUGGAAAACUCGAUAUAAUUAGUAAUGUAGUAUCAAUCCCUCAGUCGACGGUGAAAAAUUAUCACAUAAAAUUUAAAAAAUAUGAAAUAAAUUCAAAUCUAUUCAAAAUUUCUAAAUACCGAGAAAUCAUGAUUGUACUACGGUUGAAAACAAAAUAUUGUGAGUUGAAUUCCUCGCGUGAAGCUCAAUUGAAUUAAAUUUAAUAUCAAACUAAUGUCAUCUAAUACGGUAAAAAGGUUAUUUCUGAAAUAUUUGGUUGAUUUUGUGACUUUUUAAAUUAUUAUAAUGCCAAUUAAAAUAACGAGAGGCUCUCAAUAGCAGUUCUAAAGCACGUGUGACUUGUGCACAAUUUUUAAAUAGUAAUAAAUAUAUACUUUCGUUUUUUUGGGAAAUUCCAUUCAGGAACUGAAAAAGGGCGAACAAUAAAAUUUAUAUUGAUUUUUUUUAAAUUUUGCCUCCGUACUGUAAUCAUCAGAUAAAAAAAUUGCACACUGUUCGACUCGAUUGGACUUUGCACUGAAGGAUUUUGGGGAAUCUCAAACUCAACUCUCCUCUGAUGUUCGCUCUUCCUGUCGUUGUACUCUUUGAAUGUUUCUUAAGCAUUUCAUGGUUUACCUACAAAUUUGUAUUUUGUUAUGAUUCUGGUUUACGCGAAGGACUAGAAAAGUUAAUGAAAACUCUUACAAUUAGCCAUGUAGCCCUGAUGUCUAAACUCAAAAUAUACACAUUGGAUGGAUUUAAAACAAAACUCUUAGUCGUUAAAGGAAAAGAGCAAAGCAUGUAAAAAUACAAAAUAAUAUAUUACUGAAUAAUUACGAGUUGUUUGUAUUUUUGCUGAUUGUUAUCCAGUAUACGAGCAUUUCAAUCCAAAGUAAAUAGUGAUAAGCAGAACUGAAAAAUUUCCGGUUGAAAUUUCUGAUUUUGCAAGGGAAAAAACAUGUUUAUUGUUCAGAAUCGUGUUUGCCUGACUGAGUUAUUGAAAAUUAAAUUUAAGUAGCCAUUGCAUGAUUAAGAUAUAAACACAAAUUCGUCCUGGUAGCGGCAAAAUUGCGAAACUUUCAACAACCAAACGCGAAUUUCUUUCUUGCAAGAAAAGGCAACAAUCCAUUCGACAGUGAAAAUUUGGGCAUUUUUUGUUGAAUGAUGCGCAAAUUUACCGCGCCCAGGACGAAUUGCAGAGCUAGGGAAACCUUUUGACAUUCCAUGCGUUUGUUCAUUGGCGUGUCCUUCCCAGAUUUUCAAAUAUGUAUAACCUCAGAAUGCCGUUCAAGCAACUUCCACUCAGGUUGUGUGACUGUGUAUGUAGUCGUUUAUCAUUAAUUACCUGUCUGAAUAAAGUGGUUUGUUAUUUUAU